UCUUACUUCAUGGUUUAAUGGUACGCAACUUCGGGAAGCGUUAUCUUUUCAUUGUCAGUACAAUGUUUAUGAACGUUAUGAUAGAUUAGACGUGACAGUAUAAAGUGCUAUUGAUUACAAUUUUUAUAAAUUUUUGCAACAAUCGAAAAGAUUACAACAAAAAGAGAGUUAAUAGAAGAAAAUAUUAUUAUCAUCUGCUCUCGAGAAGAUGUCUGUCCCGAAAAUAAGACAUGAUUGGUAUCAAACAGAGACCUAUGUUAUUGUGACAAUACUCUUGAAAAAUCCGGAGAAUGUUAAAGUUGUAUACGAAGAAAACAUGCUGAGCGUAUCUGCAAAAUUACUAUCUGGUAAUGACUACAGUUUAAAAUUAGAUUUGGCUCAUCAAAUAAUAGCUGAACAAUGUUCACACAAAAUAUUAUCAUCUAAAAUAGAAAUCAAACUAAAAAAACGAAAUGGUAUUAGAUGGAAUACAUUAGAAGGAAAUCUAGUUGAACAAAAUGUGCAACCUAUAUCAUGUGAAAUACUCCAGACUAACGAUCAGAUGCCAAAAUAUCCAAGUUCCUGUAAAAAAUUUAGAGAUUGGGAUAAGGUAGAGAAAGAGAUAGAGAAACAAGAAGCACAGGAAGAACCAGAAGGAGAGGCAGCUGUAAAUGCUCUCUUACAACAAAUAUAUGGUAACGGAUCUGAUGAAGUAAGACGUGCAAUGAAUAAAUCUUUUGUAGAAUCGGGUGGCACUGUUUUAAGUACAAACUGGUCAGAAGUAGGUCAGGGAAAAGUUGAAAGGAAACCGCCAGACGGAAUGGAAUGGAAAACUUGGAAUUCAUAAUGUUAUUUAAACUAAAAUUUUUCAUUAUUUUGUGCAUAUAAUAACUGCAUUUGACUCUAAAGUACUACAUAUAUACAAUGUGCUACAUACAUACUUUAUUAUCAAAUAAGCAGACACUGUUGACACUUACUAUCUUCAUAUAAUAUUGUUUUUUCUGUAUCUGAUAAUUCAGUGAUAAUAAAGUAACGGCUCCUGCACAUAGGACUUCCGCCGCGCGGCAAGCAUUACCGCGUCCUGUGUGCAGGAGUCAUAAUACUCUGUGUUAAUCAUA